GUUACCAUAACGACCAGAAGACGCUGCACUGGCUACAGGACUAAAACGAAAGUGAGCCGAGUCGUCCGGUGAUGGAAACCCAAACUUCGCCCCAGGCCGAGGUGGCCGAGCUGGAGCUUGAGGCGGUGAUCGGCUUCAAUGGACAUGUACCCGGUGGUCUGAAAUGCCAUCCUGACCAGGAGCAUCUGAUUUACCCUCUGGGUUGCACGGUCCUCAUUCAGUCGAUAAAUACGAAUGAGCAGAAUUUCCUACAUGGCCAUGGUAACAAUGUCUCCUGUGUGGCCAUCUCCAAGAGUGGAAUUUACCUUGCCUCCGGACAAGUCACCUUCAUGGGCUUUAAGGCAGAUAUCAUUUUGUGGGAUUAUAAGAAAAGGGAGCUGGUUGCUCGGCUGUCUCUUCACAAGGGCAAAAUUGAAGCUCUGGCCUUUUCGCCAAAUGAUUUGUACUUGGUGUCGCUAGGAGGACCAGAUGACGGAAGUGUGGUGGUGUGGAGCAUAGCCAAGAGAGACGCCAUCUGUGGCAGCCCUGCAGCCGGCCUUAAUGUUGGCAAUGCCACCACUGUGAUCUUCUCACGCUGCCGGGAUGAGAUGUUCGUUACCGCUGGAAAUGGCACAAUUCGAGUAUGGGAAUUGGAUCUCCCAAAUCGAAAAAUCUGGCCAACAGAGUGCCAAACAGGACAGAUGAAAAGAAUAGUGAUGAGUAUUACAAUGGCCGAUGAUGAUAGCUUUUUCUACCUGGGCACCACAACUGGAGACAUUCUCAAAAUGAACCCCAGGACUAAACUGCUGACGGACGCCGGCCCCUUGAAGAACAAAUUUAGUCUGGGGGUGUCAGCUGUCAAGUGCCUGAAGACGGGGGGUCUGUUGUUGGGCUCUGGAGCUGGACUGCUGGUCUUCUGUAAAAGCCCCAGCUACAAAGUUAUCAAGAGAAUUCAGUUACAGGGUGGCAUCACUUCCAUCACACUUCGAGGCGAAGGACACCAGUUUUUUGUAGGAACAGAAGAAUCACACAUUUAUCGUGUCAACUUCACAGAUUUCAAAGAGACUCUCAUUGCUACUUGUCACUUUGAAGCUGUCCAGGAUAUUGUCUUUCCAUUUGGCACUGCUGAGCUGUUUGCUACCUGUGCCAAGAGAGACAUCAGAGUGUGGCACAUGUUGUCCAACAGGGAGCUGCUGCGGAUCACUGUGCCCAACAUGACCUGCCACGGCAUUGAUUUCAUGAGAGAUGGGAAGAGCAUCAUUUCAGCGUGGGAUGAUGGUAAAAUCCGAGCCUUCGCCCCAGAGACAGGCCGGCUGAUGUAUGUCAUUAACAGUGCUCACAGGAUCGGAGUGACCGCCAUCGCUACCACGAGUGACUGUAAAAGGGUCAUCAGUGGCGGUGGGGAAGGAGAGGUGAGGGUGUGGCAGAUAGGUUGCCAGACCCAGAAGCUGGAAGAGGCCCUGAAGGAACACAAGUCGUCUGUGUCCUGCAUCAGAGUGAAGAAGAAUAACGAGGAGUGCGUCACGGCCAGCACGGAUGGGACUUGCAUCAUUUGGGAUCUUGUGCGUCUUAGGAGGAACCAGAUGAUCCUGGCUAAUACCUUAUUUCAGUGUGUUUGUUAUCACCCUGAAGAGUUCCAGAUCAUCACCAGUGGAACAGACAGAAAGAUUGCUUACUGGGAAGUAUUUGAUGGGUCCGUCAUCAGAGAGUUGGAAGGUUCCUUGUCUGGAUCAAUAAAUGGUAUGGAUAUCACAGUGGAAGGAGUGCAUUUUGUUACAGGUGGAAAUGACCAUCUGGUGAAAGUUUGGGAUUAUAAUGAGGGAGAAGUGACUCACGUUGGGGUGGGACACAGCGGCAACAUCACGCGCGUCCGGAUAAGCCCAGGCAAUCAGUACAUUGUCAGCGUAAGUGCCGAUGGGGCCAUCCUGAGAUGGAAGUACCCCUAUACCUUGUGAAGCCACUUGGACCACCUGGAGCCACGCCCCACACAGUUAUGUUGAAGACUGAGCUUAGGUAACUCCAAGAUUGGUCUAGAUUUCUCACCCCAGUGUUUUCGUUCUUUAGCCAAACUAUUUUCUGUAUAAUUUUCUCCUUCGUAGAAUGCAUUUUACAGUCUUAAAUUUUAUAUUAAAAUUGAAAUGUGCUCAAGAACAAUUUCUCCAGACUGUAAUUAAAACUUUUUUUUAUUGUGAAUAAAUUCUACUUAUUUGUUUCCUGU